AUGUUGUUUUCCUUGAUUUUAAUUGUCGUCUGGCAUCCUUCUUCAAUCUUGGAUUUAAGUCAUUCAGUACAUCACGUUUUUGUUGCUGAAUCUACUACUUCUGCUGAGGCCAACUUAGUUGUUGGGUCUGAUUCUUUUGACUUUAUCCAUGAUAUUACCAGUCACAUUUGCAAUAACAUCUCAUAUUUUUCUUCUCUUCGUCCCACUUCGGCUACUAUUCGUGGUCUUGGUUCUGCUACUGCUGAGGGGGUUGGCGACAUUGUCGUUGAUCUUCUUGGUAAAGAUGACCAGCCUUGUGACCGCGUUGUUCUUCGAGAUGUUGUUGAACUGUGA